AUGUCGUUGGACGAAAUCUGCUGGAAACUGCUGAUGUUUCCCUGGCUGGUGAAAUUAGCGCACUGGAAGGGAAUCUGUUUGAAUCAUCUGCGUACAACGACACCAUUCCCGUUCAUUACGCUACCACCGAAUACUACGUUUCCAGCGUCAACUGUGUCCGCUACGAUUCCGUUCACACCGCUGACAAGUUCUUCGCUGAUAUUCAGCACGGGGACACCUCCAACGGGUCCACCGUUUACCUCAACCACCUUUCCAACCACAAGCCCAACCGCACCGCUAACCUUUAACACACCCCCCAUAACGGCAACAGUUCCCGUGCCUAUAUUUACCUCGACAACAUUCAAUACUCAGGCAUCCACGUCUACUGGAGCUGGGCCUACGCUGUCAACAAACACAAUCCCGAUUUCUGGUCUAACGUCCACUCCAAGCACACCACUGUUCCCCACGGUUACUUUUACCAAUCCACCAACGGGAAGUACAAUCCCUGGUGCUGUACUAACUUCCACACUGUCACCCAUUACUCCCGUGACGGGUAUAUCACCUUUGCCCACGUUCCCAACCUUCCUUACGACGAUCAAUCCACCGAUUCUAACAAGUACGGUUCCUACUACUAUCAGCCUAACUACCGUUUCCUGCCCACCGAUUCCACCCACCUGUCCACCGUCUGUCCUAACUUCCACAACGUUUUCUGGCUUUGAUCCAAGGCCCAACAUCGAUCCCAGACAAACCUUCAACGGAUGUCCGUGUUUUGAUCCGAGAGCGAUACCGGUGACUACUGCUAGAAGUUAA